UUUACAUUGUUAAAGGCAUACUUUAUUGAACAGUUAGUCAGUCUUUGUGUAAUAAACUUGACGCACAGCAGGAMGUGAUUCUCUCACAAUAGGCCCAGACUCCCAACUGUGGACUCUAUUAGUCUUUGAAAAUCUUUCAUUAAAGUCGGUAGCUUCAGAAGUUUUCACAAAAAAUGCUUAAGUUGGACAAAAUCUGAAUUCGAAUCAUAUGAACAGAGUGUAUUGCUUGGGAUAGAGUUUGUACGAUAUUGUGUAUGGCAGGUGUGGUUGCACGAGGACGUUAUGAAUACAUUUACAACACGAAAAUACGAUAAUCGGUACUAAUGGUUUAAUAAUGUACAAACUAAUUGUCGUGUAAUGAGAAUAAGUGUCAAUGAACAAUUAAAUCUACUUGAAACUACACUAUAUUAUCUUUACUCACAUGGCUGCCAUUAAGACUUAGGUGAGGGUUGCUUUAUCGAACCUUGUAGGCACUAGUUAAGUACACCAUAGAAUUUAACAAACACUAUCAGAGCUAAACCAAGUGUAUCAAAUUAGAUGAUUAGUUGCAAAGUAAUUACAAGUUUAAUGAUGUUUUGUUGCGGCGUCUAGUGAUAGCAUUGAUAGUAGCUCACGUUAACACUCCAGGAUCACGACAUAAUAAAGACAGUCUGUCCGUAACUACUUCUCUAUCUACUGCCAUGGAUGGUAAUAUAGACUCUAAAGUCACUCCAAGAUUCUCGAUAGACGCUCUUUUGAAAAAAGACUCGGACUUUGGAGCAGCGAACCAUCUACCAAGCAGAAGCGAUCAUUAUCAACCGUGUCGUUCGUCGUGUUCAACUUUGUUGUCUCCAUCUUUGUGUUUUCCUUGGAUGUCUUCUUUACCAAGCAGCACGACAAGGCAAGGAAGACCAUCAAAAUCAACUUGUGUAAAUGACGAUGAAAGCAAUCGCGACAAAACCACAAAGRAUUCCACCAAAAAGAGAACUCGAACAGCCUUCACUAACCAUCAAAUCAAAGAACUGGAAUCGGAAUUCAAAUCAAAUCGUUAUUUGACAAUAACACGUCGAAACGAGCUUGCCAAGUCUCUUAACCUCACAGACAAUCAAAUCAAAAUCUGGUUUCAAAACAGAAGAACCAAACUAAAGCGUCAAAUUGCAGCCGAYUUAGCUUUGACUAUGGCUCGUCCAGGACACCUCAUCCCAUCACAUCCUACCCCAUCAACGGCGUACUGUACACAAUGUAUGCAUUCAACAGCACCAUGGAGCAUGGACCCAAGUACGCAUGCAGGCUGYCAUUUUAUGCCUUUAAAUGGUGUUCGUUUUCCAUUCAUUGAGUCUCAUUUACCACCCAAUAUACUUUAAGACGUCAGAAUUCAGACGUUCACUCUCUAGUCAGCCAAGAGUGCUCAAAAGAUCCUGCAAGGAGAGGGCACGGAUGCCAUUUGUUCGAGGAUAAAACUGAAAGAUCUACAAAGUAGAYGGUGUCUAGCAAAGCUGAUAUUUUUGCUUUAUUUUUGGUUUGAAAGAUAUUUUUAUACAGUGUUGUGUUUUGUAGUCGUGUAACGGCCAGGGAAAAAAAUCGCGCUAUCGUAUCGCACUAUUUGAACUGAUCUAGACAAAUUGUAUAGGGUUAACUGAGGGAGACCAGUCUUGAGUGUGGUACUAGCACUAGUUAUGACCUCGCCUUAGAUGUAUUCCAUGAUUGCCACCGCAUAUUUGACUGUGAAAGAUUAGUAAGACUAUUAGUUGGAAUUACACUAUGAAUCUAUUGUUUCCUUUCUUUACCCACAAAUAAUAACUAAAUGGUCAUAAUCAUUGCACGGGAGARCAUUUGUAUUCGUAAACUUGACUUUGUUUAUAUUGCCAUGCAUACUGUCCAGGAUUAGCCAGGUUCAUGUAUUCCAGUGUCGAGUAUUCCAGAUACGAUCAAUCAGGGUAAAGCAGUGAUUGAUCUAAAAGAAAGCUGKACAAGUAUGACAAAACUGUCGCUGAAUAGAAGCCAGUAUAUAUUAAUAUAUCACUAAUGACGAGUUUAAAUGCUACCAUCAUGCCAAGGGAGGAGUGAGUCAAACCCAGUCUUUCGCGGUUUGGAUUCCURYAAUGARCAAUGAUGACCAUCAUGAUGUAGUGAUGCACUUUUAUUAUUAUCUUGCAAUUGGACAUGGUUUAUCAUCAGGUCUGACUCCUUUACUCAUUACAACUGCACAGUUGUCGCCUUGCAGUGAACAUUAAAACGUAGCACUGAUUUC